AUGAAAGCACUUUUCAAAAACUUUCUUCCUGGCAGUCAGAACAAUCGGUCUGUGGACGACAUGAUUGAUUCUUCCAACAGCAACAACAACAAGAAGAAGAGAGAAAAACAUUCAACCUCCACCACAACAAAUACAAACAAUACUUCUGAUGUUCAUUCAAAAUCAUCUCGUUCACUCUCUCUCUUUGUAACCAAUAACAAACAUCGGGCCGAUCCUAGUCUAGGAGAGGCUCAUGAUGCAGUGACGAGCAGCUCUACACUUUCAUCCAUGUUGUUUUCUCAGCAUCAGCAUCAGCAACAACAACAACACUAUCAUCAUCAUUCUCAACCACUACCACCACUCUCACCUCAACCCAUUACCUCCAAACAGAACAGUUCCUCCAGCAUUCUCUCGUCCUCAUCACUCACAGGUGAGAAUGGAAAUCAAACCAAGAGUAGUCCCAAUGUGAUGGAGCACGUUCAUCAACAACAACAACAACAACCAUCAUCAUCAUCACUCAAUGGUCUUGGAUCACCUCACCGUGUCCAAAGCUCAAAUUCAGGUAGCAGCAACAACAACAACAACAUCAAUACCAUCUCCUCUCCACCACCUCCCAAACGACGAUCUUCCAUGUCCAAUGCCUUCCGAAGACUUUCUCUGAGGCGUUCGAGUCAACCGCUCUCCUCUCCUGUUUUUCUGCCCAAUAACAGUCAUGAAACUCCCACCAUUGGCUCCACCGUACUCUUUGCAGACAUGAUGAUGCUCGGUGCAUCACCACCUUCCUCACCCACCUCUCCACCUGUCCUCUUCUCUCCCAAUUCGUCCUCAUCUCUUUCAUCGCCUUCGUUGCCACAGCAUCAUCAUCAUUCGUCCUCAUCGACCUUGUAUUUUCAACAACAGCAACUCGGGAACACACCAGGCUCCGUUCAUACACCUUCUCCAUCUUCUUCCUUCCAUUCCCAUUCUCAUCACCAUCAUCAUUCGGCUGGCUUUAGUGAGCCUCAUUUGUCAUCUUCUCAACAACAAAAAUUUAACCUCACAUCCUCCUCCACUAUUCCUACUCAAUACAAUAGUACAAAUAAUAAUACCACCACUAUUUCAUCGUCCAAUUUGGAUUAUGCUUUCCCUAGCGCAUCCACAACAGAUUAUAGUUCAGCCAUUUCAUCCCCCAUGAUGAUGAUGUCGCAAACAUCCAGUAAUACUGCUGUUCCGAGGCCAAGUGGUACACAACAAUUAAUUGAAGUUUUGAAUAGGAAAAAGUGGAGAGAUUUAUUGUGUGUGGUUCAGAAUGGAAGUGGUACAGGUAGUAGUUCGAAUCACAAUCACAAUCAUAAUCAUAAUAAUAAUGGAGGAGGAGGAAUUGGAACACCAUCAUCGACCACUUCGUCAGCACACUCUCUCGUUGCUUCCCGAACAACUAGUAAUAAUAAUAUUGUCGCAUUGAACACGAACAAUAACUCAAAUUGUCUCAAUACUGCAGCUGGAGAUGAUAUGCUUAAUAAUAGUUCGGUGAAAACGAACAACACCACCAACAACAACAACGGAAAUAAUAUUUUGAAUAACAGCAAAGCUCUUGAUUCAACAACCACAACUCCACCCACUACAGCUACUACGACGGGAAAUAUUUCCUCGACAACAACCACUCCGAGCAUGACAACAACAACCACAUCAAGCACAACUGUAGUGACUCCCUCACUAUCAACCUCUUCUCUCCUCAUGAUGAACAAUGGUAAUCGAAUGCCAUCUCCAAAUUCUCCAGUGGCGAUCAGUGUCAUCUCUGAAGAUUCCUCAUCAUCCUCUUCUGAUGCCGAUGUUGGUGAUUCUCUAAUUAAUGACCUAGAUCAGAAACCUUCCGAUGAGUUGAGUCCCAAUGUCGUUCAUGUCAUUAAUAGUGAUGCUCUAAAUCUUUCCACCUCCAUGAUGGCAAGCGUUAAUAACAGCUCUACAGCUUCUUCCAAUAGCAAUAUCGGGGCAACACUUGCCCUCAACAAUUUGGAUCGCAACAACGACGAGAAAUCAUUUGCACUCACCAACUCGCCCAAUGAGGCCAUUUUCAGAGCAAUUAUUCUCGGAGGUUUUCUCUCACUGAAAGAUGUUUUGCAUUCGUGUGAUUUGGUAUGCAAGAGUUGGCAUUUGAGAAUCUCUCACUCGAGGGAAAAUCUCAUCUAUUUUCUUCCUCAAUUAUUGUCGAGUAUUCAAGUGUGGGAAGAGAAGAGUGAUUUACAAAUCAAAUUAGCAACACAAAUUGCUUGGAAUUUGAAUAAUAUGGAAAUAUCUAAGAGAGCACUUGUGGUCCUAUUUGGCCUCUAUAAAAGAUCCUUACAUAAGGAAAAGAUUUUUAAUAGAGCCGUGUUUAAGGAGGUUGUGAAACCUGAGGUACCAGAAUUACUGGGCCAAACCGAUAAGUCCAAUAUGUUUUAUCGAUUGAGUAGUCCCGCAUGGUUUUCACCUUACAGCUGCUUUGAUUGUCCAAUUUAUCUCUACUUGGCUAAGAGAUGUUUACGUAGCAUCGAGAAGAAGGAUGGCGAAUUUCAACAUCGAGUUCAAGUCUUGCUAAAACUCAAGCCAACUGUCACUAAUCAUGGUGAGGGUUCAUUUGACUCGAACAACACGCAGUUGCAACCUUAUCAUUCAUCACAAUAUUUGAAUUUGUCAAAUGGCAGCAUUUCACCCUCCAUGUCGCCGUUACCAUCCGGAGGCCGCAAGCUUGUGUCGUCCAUUGUGGUUGGUACACAGGCACGACCCUUAGGAGAGACGAGCUCAUAUGCAAGCUCAGCAUCGUCCUCAAAAUAUUUGGAAAUUUCUCCCGAGAAGAUGCUGCAUCAUGAAAUGUUGCUGUCUCCAAGUUCACCCAUUCUCUCCUCUGCCUCUCCAACGAAUACUUUACUUCGUGGAAAUGCGCAAACACUUGCAGAUAUGAUUAAGGAGCUUAAAUCGAAUUGGUUUUUCGUGUACGGAGUGGCUGAUAGGAACAAAUCGACGAUGGAAGACCGAGUGAUACCUUCUUCAGAUGUCACCACAAGUACAUUAGCACAUCAUCAUGAGAAACCCAAACUUGUUCGUGAGCGCAUUAUUCGAUAUUUUUCUCAUUUCUCACUUGCCAAAAUGAAGGAAGAGUACAUCUGUGCAGGAGCCGGUGAUGGAGUUGAAUCUGAAAAUUUCGCCUUACUAGACAAGAAUGCAAUUACCGAAAAAUCCAACCAAAUUACUGCCAAUAUUGAAAAAUGUUAUUUAGAAAUGUCACAAUUUGUCAAAGAUACUUCCAGUAACAAGUGUCCAUCCAUUGAAGGUGCAGAUCCUUCAUUGUGUGAGUGUUUUGACAAGUCCAUGACUUUAUGGAUUUGUGAGUUGCAAAAAUUAGGAUUUCUCAAAAUCGACUUUGUUCUUCAAUAUCUUUUGAAGUUGUUACUUUUGACGUGUUGUGGACCAAUGUAUGACCGAUCGGAGUUGCUAUUUGUGACUUGCCACCUGCUCUCACCGGAGAAAGCCGAUCUACAGAACGAAGAGCUGAAUCUUGUGUGUUCAGAUCCAACAAGUGCAAAGAGUGCACUCUUGGAUUGGCUUCAAAGGUAUCACCAAGAGAUUAAAGACGAAGCAUGCUCCGUUUAUCACUAUUAUUUGAAGGUGAAGUAUGAUUGCAGCGGAUUUAAUGGCGCUGUAGAUGAGGAGAGCUAUUUGUUGACUCUGAGAGUUUUUGAUCAGCAUUUUGAGUUUGUGUCCUAUUUGUUUGAGAGCCAAUUUUGCAAGGGGCAACCAUUGUCUUCAUUGCCUCUCUUUGUUAAAAAGAUGUAA